CGCGACGCAAGUCGUCACCGGCUUGAAUGGGAAGGUCAGUCACAGCUGCCGGCGGGCGUACAAGCGCUUUUUGCCCGCUGUUCCUGACGCAUGCGCCUGUCAGCCUUGGCUGGCCAGUGCAUGUCCGCUGGAUUGUGAGGCCCGGUUUCUGGACUCCGCUGUGGUGCAGAAAUGCUGUGCCGGCUUGGCGGUCGGUGGCUGCGGCCACUCCCUGCCCUGCACCUUUGGGCGAGGGACCCGCCGCUCGUGCCGGUUCCUACGAGCGGCGCCAAGCGCCCCACUCUCCCAGUGUGGGCAGUGGCACCAGUCUCUGCAGUAGAUGGGAACGGCUGGUACGAGGCCCUGGCCACUUCUUCGCCGGUGCGGGUUGCGGAGGAAGUACUGCUCGGCGUACACGCCACCACGGGACUGCCCUGGUGGGGCGGCAUUCUGCUCUCCACCGUGGCCUUGCGGGGCGCAGUUACGCUGCCCUUGGCCGCCUACCAGCACUACAUCCUGGCCAAGGUGGAAAAUUUGCAGCCAGAAAUAAAAACUAUUGCCAAGCAUCUUAACCAAGAAGUUGCAGUUCGUGCAAGUCAGUUGGGGUGGUCCAAAAGAGUUGCCAGGCUCACUUAUCUAAAGAAUAUGAGGAGGCUAGUUUCAGAGGUAUAUGUGCGAGACAACUGCCACCCUUUCAAAGCCACUGUGUUGGUUUGGAUUCAGAUUCCAGUAUGGGUCUUUAUGUCGGUUGCUCUCCGGAAUUUUAGCACAGGGGCAACACAUUCAGAAGCAGGUUUUUCUGUUCCGGAACAGUUAGCUACUGGCGGGAUUCUGUGGUUUCCUGACCUCACUGCACCGGACUCCACUUGGAUUCUGCCUAUCUCUGUUGGUGUCAUCAAUUUAUUAAUAGUGGAGAUUUAUGCUCUACAAAAAAUUGGAAUGUCUCGUUUUCAAACAUAUAUUACAUACUUUGUCCGUGCAGUGUCGGUGUUGAUGAUUCCAAUUGCUGCAGCGAUGCCCUCAUCACUUGUUCUCUACUGGUUAUGCUCCAGUUUGAUGGGCCUUUCACAGAACUUGCUGCUGCGUUCUCCUGGAUUUCGCCAACUUUGCCGAAUACCAUCAACCAAGUCAGAUUCAGAAACUCCUUAUAAAGACCUUUUUGCUGCCUUUUAUAGCAAGUUCAUUUCAAGAAAGUGAUAUAUUUUCCAAUAAUUUUGAAACAGUUGCAAGAGUCACUAUCACCUUAAUGUAUUUAGACUUAGAAAUUCAGGUAUUAUUUGAUUUGCCUUUAUUUAAAAUUAUGAACUUCAUGAAAUAUUGUAGAUUAAGUUAUAAUCCAGGCCAGGCAUGGUGGCUCAUGCAUGUAAUACCAGCACUUUGGGAGGCCAAGCUAGGUGGAUCACCUGAGGUCAGGAGUUCGAGACCAGCCUGGCCAACAUGGUCAAAUCCUGUCUCUACUAAAAAAUACAAAAAAAAUUAGCUGGACGUGAUGCUGGGCCCCUGUAAUCCCAGCUACUUGGGAGGUGAGGCGAGGCAAGAGAAUCGCUUGAACCUGGGUGACAGAGGUUGCAGUGAGCUGAGAUCGCCCUUUUGCACUCUAGCCUGGGCAAGAAGAGUGAAACUCUGUCUCAAAAAAAACAAAACAAACAAAAAAGCUGUAAUCCAGAUAUAUUUGACCAUAAUUAAAAUCUUUUAAAUGCUAUAAAUACAGUAUGUUUAAUUGUGAAAAUAUUAAACUAGAACCAAAGUGCCUGUCUCUGUCUUUGUUAGGGCUGCCAGAACUUUGGAGGAUAGUGUUAGCUACUGAAUGAUGUCAAAUUAAACUAAACAAUACUGCAUAUUACUGUUUUGUAAAGUAAGAGGAUCAGUGAGAUGAUUUUUUUUUCCUUUCUUUGAGAUGAAGUCUCACUCUGUCUCCCAGGCUGGCAUGCAGUGGCACAAUCUCAGCUCACUGCAACCUUCACCUCCUGGAUUCAAGCUGUUCUCCUGCCUCGCCUCCGAGUAGCUGGGAUUGCAAGUGCACACCAUCACCCCCAGCUAAUUUUUCUAUUUUUAGUAGAGACAGGGUUUCACCAUGUUGGGCAGGCUGGUCUGGAACUCCUGACCUCAAGUGAUCUACCUGUGUUGGCCUCCCAAAGUGCUGGGAUUACAAGUGUGAGCCACUGUUCCCAGCUUUUUUUUUUUUUUUUUUUAAUGAGACAGAAUCUCUGUCACCCAGCACCCAGGCUGGAAUACAGUGGCACAAUCUCGGCUCACUGCAACCUCUGCCUUGUGUUCAAGCAGUGCUCCUACCUCACCGUCCUCAGUAGCUGGGAUUACAGGUGUGUACCGCCAUACCCAGCUAAGUUUUGUAUUUUUAAUAGAGACAGGGUUUGACCAUGUUGGCCGGGUUGGUCUCGAACUCCUGGCCUCAAGUGAUCUGCUCACCUCGGCCUCCCAAAGUGCUGGGAUUACAGGCGUGAGCCACUGCGCCCAGCUAUUUCUUAAUAUUUUGGAGGCAGAGAGGAUUUUAGACCUCCUUGAGCAUCUAAGAAAAGGCUAUAUAUUUGGUUUUCUCUUCAGAAGAAUUUUAGAAUUCACAAUAUGGGACUUCAUUGAUACUGGGAAGAUCUUCUGGCAACUCCUAGUUAAUAAAUCUUAUUCUAAUGGAGCAUACAUUGAUGCUGAGUUAAUGUGUGGUUGAAAAAGAAAACAGGGCAACUUGAAAUAUAUGCAGUAGAGUAAUCCAUGCAUACAAGUACCUAAUAUGGUAGAUGAUAUUGCCUCCUACCCCUGCUCGGAAAGAAUACAAAAAGUGUACAUUCCUUUUUCUAUAAUUUAAGAAGUCUGGAAUACAGAGUGUAGCAUUGUGUACUGCUAGCACCCAUAGUAGAAAAUCUUAAGCAUUCAGUUUGUUUAGUCAAAGAAGAAAACCAGAAGGGCAAUUGCCUAUUGAGGUGAUUUUAAACUUCUUUAUUUAUAAGUAUUAAGUACCCUAAUAGGCUUAAACUAUGAUAUAGGUUUAAUAUGGGAAAAAUUGACAGUUAUUAUAAAUUGUGGAUCCAGUUAUUUGCUUGUUUAAUUUGUAAAGAGAUAAAAUUAGCUCUGGUUGAGAUAGCAAGUAUAACAGGUAUUUAGAAGGCUAUAAAUCAUAAAUUUUCAUUUAGUUAAAAUAUGGACCUGAUUCUGGGAAACCCUAUCAUUCCAUCUCAGUGUUUUACAGUAAAAUAAAAACUAAAGUGAAAUUCAUUCAUCAUUUCUUUGAUUGAUGUCUCUUAAAUUUUAGUUCACCUAUUUAAUGAAGUUAUGACAUUUUUUAAUAUAAAAAAUGUGCAGCAUACAGAGAUGAGAAUUCUGGUUGUCAUGUUACUACAGUUCCCUGAAAAUUUAUUUUAAACAUAGAUGGUGGCAGUUAAUACUGGGUUCUCUUUUCGUAAAUUCCUAGUCCUGAUUUCUGGCUGCCCUAUUGAGGCAAUUGUGCUUCCCAACCACAUCGAAGGAAUUGAAACAUACUCAUUAUUUGUGCAUUUUGUGUUUGGAAAUUUGCCUGCUUGCUCAAAUCUGUCCAUAACUCCAGAACCAGUAUUUUCACAAGUGCUUUUGAGACCAUUCAUAGGCAAAAAUUUAGUUACCUCCCAGGAGAAGUCAAACAAAUGGCACUCUGUCUUCUAAUUUCAGCUCUCAUACUGUAAACAUGUAUCCUUUUUGAGUCUACUUGGUGCCAUGUCUUCCUCAUUUCUGCUCUUUUUAUUGGUGAUGUCACUGUUUAAAAUGCCAUCGAAAUGUCCUGUUGGAGUGCUGUCUAAUGUUCCUAAGCUCAAGACGACUGUGAUGGGCCUUAAGGAGAAAAUAAGUGUCUUAGAUAAGUUUCAUUCUUGCUUGAGUUAUAAUGCUGUUGGCAGAGAAUUCAGUGCUACUGAAUCAACAAUAUGUUGUAUUGAUCAGUUGACAACGUCAAAGCUUGCAGAAACUUAACCCUGUAUAUGUUUUUUAGGAGCAGUGGUUUGGUAUUCACUAAUUCAGUGAUUGUGGACUUUAUGGAACAUAAAUACUACAAGUAACGCAAAUUUGCAACUCUAUUUGUGACAUGUACAAUCAAGGAUGCAGAGGCAGAAAUGUGUGCGCAGCUUGGGUCAUAGUAAAAAGAGAAAAGAAUUUGAGGCAAAUUUUGGCAGUUACAAAUUAUCUCUGAAAUAACUUUGCCUUUGCUCUAUGUUACUAUUUACUGACUCAGAUAUUUUUCUCAUAAUGGCAUGAGGGAAAUCAGUGUCCUUUUCCCACUGUGUUUGUCACUUUUGCUAAGACACAAAAAAUAAGGUUCUAUGAUACUGUGAAAUACAUGUUUGGUCUGUGUCUCCAAUCCCUGACAUUUAGCAGAAUCUGCCUGCCAAGUUGUAAGUGUCUUUUGUAUGCUCAUGUGAUGACUGGUGGAUGGGGUCCCCAGCCUGGCCAACAUGGAGAAACCCCAUUUCUACUAAAAAUGCAAAAUUAGCUGGGUGUGGUGAUGCAUGCUUGUAAUCCCAGCUACUCCGGAGGCUAAGGAAGGAGAAUCGCUUGAACUGGGGAGGAGAAGGUUGCAGUGAGCCAAGGUCGUGCCAUUGCACUCCAGACUGGGCAACAAGAGCAAAACUCAGUCUCAAAAAAAAAAAAAAAGUUUCAGGAUAGGGACAGUUCUACAUCAGCCUGGGCAACAUAGUGAGACCUUAUCUCUGCGGAAAAAAAAGAAAGUUUUUUCCUAUCUCCAGAUACUCCCUUUUCAAAUAAACGAAUCUUCUUUCAAGUGCUGAUUUUA